GAAGGGGCGGAGGAGGGGGAGGCCGCAGAGCCGCUGCGGGCCCGCGCCGUGCCGUGCCGUGCUGCCGUCGCGCCGUCGCGCCGCCGCGCCUCUGAUGACGAUGUGAAAAUGGCGGAUCUUUCGAAAUCCAAUCCCGGCCCCUGACAUCCCGGCGGCGGCGGCGGCGACAGCGGAGGAGGAGCCGGGCCGCUCCGCGAGCUGCUGGCCCGGGCCACCGGAGAUCCCGCGGCCCGAGCUGCCCGGAGUACUGAUCAUCAGCUUCCAGAGGGAAGAAUUAUCAUGGAGGUGGUGUCAGCUGAGGUGAACAGCUUACUUCCAGAGGAGAUCAUGGACACUGGUAUAACUUUAGUGGAAGAUGAUAGUAUUGAGGCUGUUAUUGUUUCAUCCCCAAUGGGAGAUUCAAUUCCCAUGGAAACAGACCUGCAAGAAAUUGUCAGCAUAAAUUCAUCUAGUGAUUCUGCAAGCACAGCCAUGUCUAUUACCACAGAACCAGUCACAGUGUCUAGUAACCACACUAACAAAGUUGUUGGGAAUACUUUAGUUGCAAAAACGGAUUUGAAUACUGUAAAAACAGCCUUUCCAAGUGGCCUUCAAAAACUUGGUGCCCAGACACCUGUGACUAUAUCAGCCAAUCAGAUUAUUUUAAACAGAGGAUCUCAGACAUCUGAUCUUAAACUUGGCAAUCAAACAAUUAAACCAGAUGGACAGAAGUUAAUUGUAACAACUUUGGGCAAGUCAGGCCCACCAAUUGUUUUAGCACUCCCCAAUAACCAGCUGCCCCAAACUCAGAAAACCACAUCUCAGACACAGUCUGGAGACUCUAAAGUGCAAUCUCAGCAAAUUAAAGUAGUUACUAUUGGAGGAAGGCCAGAGGUGAAACCUGUCAUUGGUGUUUCAACACUGACACCUGGAAGUCAACUGAUUAAUCCUACAGCUCAGCCUUCUGUUUUACAGACUCAACAACUAAAAACAGUGCAGAUUGCUAAGAAGACAAGAACACCAACUUCUGGUCCAGUGAUCACCAAGUUAAUCUUUGCAAAACCAAUUAAUAGUAAAGCAGUUACAGGACAGACAACUCAAGUAUCACCAGUCAUUGCAGGGAGGGUUCUAUCACAAUCUACUCCAGGAACUCCCCCAAAGACCAUAACAAUAUCUGAAAGUGGAGUUAUUGGAUCAACUCUCAAUUCUACAACACAGACACCAAACAAAAUAGCCAUCUCACCUCUGAAAUCUCCCAAUAAGGCAGUGAAGUCAGCUUUGCAGACCAUCACUGUUGGAGGAGUGAGUACAUCUCAGUUUAAGACUAUUAUUCCUCUGGCAACUGCCCCUAAUGUUCAACAGAUACAAGUGCCUGGAAGCAAGUUUCAUUAUGUUCGACUUGUUACAGCUACAACUACAGCUACCACCAGUAGUUCAGCCCAACCAUCUAGUCAGAAUCCCAGUGCAAACACUCAGCCUCUUCAGCAAGCAGCAAAACCAGUAGUGGUCAAUGCAGCCCCUGUUCGGAUGUCAGUUCCAAUCGUUUCAGCACAAACUGUCAAACAAGUUGUUCCCAAACCAAUCAGUACAGGCUCACAAAUAGUUACCACUAGCCAGCCCCAACAACGGCUCAUUAUGCCAGCCACUCCACUGCCACAAAUCCAGCCGAACCUCACUAACCUCCCCCCAGGAACUGUUCUUGCACCAGCCCCUGGGACAGGCAAUGUGGGCUAUGCAGUCCUCCCAGCUCAAUAUGUCACUCAGUUACAGCAAUCUUCUUAUGUGUCGAUAGCAAGCAACACUAGUUUUACUGGGACGUCUAGUAUACAGACCCAGGCAAGACUUCCAUUCAAUGGGAUAAUCUCAUCAGAAUCUGCAAACAGGCCCAGAAAGCCCUGCAAUUGUACAAAGUCACUCUGUUUGAAAUUAUACUGUGAUUGCUUUGCAAAUGGUGAGUUCUGCAACAACUGCAAUUGCAAUAAUUGUUUUAAUAACUUGGAACAUGAAAAUGAAAGGCAAAAAGCAAUAAAGGCAUGUCUUGACAGAAAUCCUGAAGCAUUUAAGCCCAAGAUAGGGAAAGGAAAGGAAGGAGAAUCUGAUCGCCGUCAUAGCAAGGGCUGUAACUGUAAACGGUCAGGAUGUCUUAAAAAUUACUGUGAAUGUUAUGAGGCGAAAAUAAUGUGUUCCUCCAUAUGCAAAUGCAUCGGAUGUAAGAAUUUUGAAGAGAGCCCUGAACGAAAGACAUUGAUGCAUUUGGCAGAUGCAGCUGAAGUCAGAGUACAACAGCAAACAGCAGCGAAAACUAAGCUGUCCUCUCAGAUUUCUGACCUCCUAACAAGACCAGCACCCACCUUAACUAGUGGAGGGGGAAAAUUACCAUUUACAUUUGUGACCAAGGAAGUAGCAGAAGCAACAUGUAACUGUCUUCUUGCCCAGGCUGAGCAGGCAGACAAGAAGGGAAAGUCAAAAGCAGCAGCUGAGCGGAUGAUCCUGGAGGAGUUUGGACGAUGCUUAAUGAGAGUCAUCAACUCUGCAGGAAAGGCCAAGAGUGACUCUUCUGCCAUGAAUUGCUAACUAUUGCACAAAAAUGAACAGUGAGGAACACUUAUGGCAAAGGGACGCUGGGUUUUUCAGGAGAGAAAAACAUGACUGCAUUGUGAAUUCAGUGCUCAUUUUAAAAAGUGCUAGAAUUCAUAAUACUGAAAAAGAAGACAUUUUUAAUGAGGAAUUCGUUCUUUUAAAUUAGGUAAACCUACUUAGAACUCUCUAAAUUUGAAUUUUUCUUGUGUUGUUUUACUUUUGAAUUUAUUUGCUUGAGUUUCUUAGAAUUAGAUCGUCUGUCAUUCUGAUUUCUUUUACCUGAAGAGCAUUUAUAAAUUAUCUGUUAUUUAUAGUGAAUAGUCUUGCAUCACUUUAUUCAAAUGGAAGUUGAAGAAAUAUUGGUGAGAAAUACUUAUUUGGUCAAAGGCUUGAUCUUAGAACAUCCAUUUAAACUAAUUCUGAAGAAAAAUUCUCAAGAAACUAUUUUGUUACAGACAUGUCAGUACUACCUUUUAAAAAUCAGCUCUGUCAGAUAAAGAGUGGAGUAAUGCCCUGUUGCCACUUUUUAAGUGUGAGAAGGAUAAUAAUCCACCGGUACAGCUUUUAAAAUGAAUAUAAAUUUGUUUUUAAAAAGAUCUUAUAAUGUAUUAAUAAAAAUUGUAAGCUAAAUAUCAGAGGAUGGGUAAUAUAUUUCUGUAUAAUGGGACUGAUUAACAAGUGCUCUGGGAUUUCCCUAGUUUCUUUUUCAAAGGGGUGGUUAUAGAUUUAGAACAAGAAUAAAUGGUCAGUAUGUUUCCUAGAUAUUAAUAUGGAAAUACUAGACAUGAUUAAAAGUGAACAUCUGUUCAUGUCACAAACUAGUCAUAUUUACAUGUGUUCAUCAAGUAUAUCUUUUGCUGAGGGUUGACAGAUCUAAAUAUCAAUACUUCUGAAUAUUUGUCUUUUCUCUGUGGAAAGAGAACUUUUCAAACAACUUUUUGAACACUGAUCUGUCGAUCUGUUUUACAGAUGUGUAUGCCUCCUAACAAAGCUAUUGUAAUUUGUGUUUCUUUUAAAAGAUAAAUUUAAUAUGACAGAUGUUUUUAUCCAAGAUGUUCUAGUACGUUGGUAAAGAAUCAGGAUUAUUAUCUAAACCAAGUCUAUCAUUAAGAAAUGGUAGCAUGAUGCCUGAAGGUCUGAUUUUUUUCAUAGAAUUACUAAAAACAUAAAAAUCAUUUUCUGUAACUCAAAACCCUUUUUUAUUUAAGGAUCUGGUUCAAUAGAACUCUAGGUUUUAUGAAAAGAAAUAACCAUGUUGGAAUUCAGCCAUUUUUUAAGCUAGCUUACCUCCUCGGUAAUUAUUACAUGUACAUGAUUGUUAUAUUUCUUACAAUGGAAUCUGUAGCAUGUGUGAAGUACAUACAUAUGUGUGAGCAUGUCCACUCAACAGAUAGAAGAUAGACAUUAAAUAAUCCUUAAGGGGAUAAUCCGUUAUUCAUUAAAGUAUCUUCUUUUUCUUAGUUGGACUUUCAAAAUUACAGUGCAGUAACUUUAAAUAUAGAUAGUGCAACUAUUCUUAUUAGCACAUCAAACUAGUAUGUUCAAUUUAAAUUUGUAUAAAUGUAAAUUAGUGUAAGUGGAUAAAAUAAUACAUAAUCAAGUUAUUUUUAAAAAGAUUACAGUAAUUUUUUGUCUACAACUAAAUCUCUGUGUUCAUUUUGUACAUAUUCUAUGUUUGAUUCUAAUUGCACCUUUGUGAUGUGUAUUUAUAUAUAUGUAUGCAGAAAAUGUUUGUGAAAUUUGGUUUAUAAUUGUAGAUUAUGUAUGAUGGCAUUGUUGAGAAUGUUUUUCUUCUAAAGAGUUGAAGGUGCAAUCAAUUGCUUUUAGUUUCUCUGGUUUUUCAACAAGCUAUCAAAAGUAUUAAGAUUUUUUUCCUCCCCAUAUAGUACUUCAUAAAUGUUUUCUUUUGUAUUUAGCCAUUUGCCUCAAAUUGCUCAAUAAGAUUAAUAAUCACACUCAUUCAAUUAUUUUAAAAAAGAAUAUUUGGGGUGGGCUGGGUAUAUCAUUUUCUAGUUCUAUUUACAUCCAAAAGUAGAAAAGAAUAAAUUUAUAUUUACUAGAGCUAUUCAGAAAAUACACUUUUCUAUAUUGUAAAAAUAAAGCAGCAAGAUAAAUCAUAAGGAAAAAUAAACAUUUAUACUAUUCUGUAAAAAAAAUUUUGAUUUUGCAUUUUUCUUUAGUUUCUUUAAAAAUACUAUAUUUUUAUUACAUUUGACAGUUUAAUAGGUAAUAAAGCUUUAAAAUAUGUAGGUGAUAUUUAUUAAAAGUAAAAAUAGCUUUUACUUUUUAAAGGAACCCACAAGUCAAAAUCUAUCACUUUGCUUAAUUCUUUAAAUCAGAUUAUUGAUUGUGAAAAUUAUGAUCAUUGUCUUUUUGGCUUUUUCCCCCCCCAAAUGAUAAAACUCACAAUUUUAGUGUUUUCUAAAUUGUGAUAGCCUUAUUAAGUACCUUGGUGCCCCUUUCUCUUACAAACUAAUGUACCUUCCCAAUAUCUUUGUGAUGAAGAAUCUACUUUUUUUACCCUUAACAUACCAGAGGCUACAAAAGACAAAUCACUGCUAAAGCUUGCAUUCUUAGGGUUAUUUCCUAGUCACUAAAUAUACAAUCUCCUAAUAAAUAAUCAUCAUUAUUUUUCCUGAAUCUUUUCUUCCCAUUUCCUUAAUUAAGGGAGCAAUCUGUGAUUUGGAUGGUAGACAAUGGUUCAAAUGAUUUUGAGCUGUAUAUUAUAACUCUAUGGGGUAUUUUUAAGUACCUACAUCUUCCCCUGAAUGAUGUAUUUUAUUAAAAGACUUAAAAACCUUUUGGAGUUUCAUUGCAUAAUAUUGUUAAAUGAGUUUGACAGCAGCACCAUUCUUGCACAUCUUAAUUUGGAGUUGAAAUAUUAAGUACAUCAUAAUGACUCCGUGAAGUAUAGCUUGACCUGGCUGAGACUAAGUGAAGCUUGGGCCCAAGCCUAAGAUUUUUACAAUCAUGACCCCUUUUACUUUUUUUCCUUUGAACAAAUAAGCAAAGUAAAGCAAAACAAAUUCCCACUUUGGCCAUGUCCAAAAAAUAGAUAUCUCAAUCUACACCUCAGUUCAUGAUCUGUGUCAGUGUGUCAAGAGGUAGACAGUAUGUUUUUCCUUGAGCCCACUGGAAUCAUUUUGAAAGUUUUUCAAAGUUGUCAUUAUGGUGUGGUUUUUAUUAUAUAAAUUGUUCUCUUGGUCCUGCCUAUUCCACUCUGCAUUAGUUCAUACAGUCUUUCCAAGUCUUUCUGAAACUAUCCCAUUUUUUCCCCAUUGCAUUUACAUACCACAAUUUCUUUAGCCAUCCAGCAGUCAAUGUUUCCAAUUCUUUGUCAACAUGAAAAGAGCUGCUAUAAACAUUUCUGUAUUCAGAGUCCUUUUGCUCUUUCUUUUAUACCAGUAGAGGCAUACUAGUAGUGGUAUCACUAGGUCAAACAGUAAGCACUGUUUAAUAACUUCUGGGGCAUAGAUCCAUAUUUUCCAGAAUGACCAAACCAGUUUACAAUUCCAUUAACAGUAAGUUAAUGUACCUGUUUUCCCAUGGCCCCUCCAGCAUUUGUCAUUUCAUCAACUUUGUCAGUCUGGAGAUGAGGUGAAAUCUAGAGUUGCUUUAAAUUAAUAAUGUAUUAAUGAUUUGAAGCAAUUUUUAUGUGGCUUAUUAAUAGCUUAGAUUCUUCCACUGAAAACUACUUGUUCAUGUCCUUUUAUACAUUUAUUGAUUGGGGAAUGGGUCUUGUAAAUUUAUCUUGGAAAUGGGACCUUUAUCAGAGAAACUUGCAAAUAUUUUUCCCCCUUUGGAUAUCUGCUUUCCCUCUCAUUUUAGCUACAUUGGUUUUGUUUAUGCAGUUCUAAGUUUUAUCUUUUGGUUCUUUUUGUCUUCCAUAUCCUCCCUAUCCUAGUUUUGGGUAAUGACCCUUUUUAUAAUUCUGCUACAAAAAAUCAUGAAAUAAAGGAUGACUUAUCUUGCUAUCGUACAAUUUUGUCAGAAAAAUUACAUUAAAAAACCCAGCACUUGAUUCUCUGUUUAUUUUCUAAAUAGCACAUAGUUGCAAUUGUAACCUAAGUUUUGUUAAGUAUAAAAUAAAAUAAAUUUAUUUUCA